CGGAGAAAACCAUUACCUCCACCGCUCCCCCCUCCCCACCCCCGCCGCCGCCGUCGCCGCCGCCGCCGCCGCCGUUCCUCUGUCAAUUUUGGCCUCGACCGCCGAGAUCUUCUUUGGCGUACCCUCCCUGUAAACUGAUUGGAAUAUACGGUUAUUGCUGGACAAUUCAACUGAAUCCGGGCUUUUAAUAUAAACCCCCAAUUUUCUUCAAUUUGCGGUGAAUUGCAGAGAUUCAUGGAUAGAAGCUACGAUUCGUUUAAUUUGAAUGGAUUUAUGCAUUGAAUUGUCGGUUUAAGUUGUGAAUUUUGAUUUAUCAUGAGGUCGUCCUCAAUUUGGCCGGAGAAUUCCGCCUCGUCUGCUGCUGCUACACCAACAUCAUCAUCGAAUUCUCGGCAGCUGGUGCCUACAACUGUGGACCCUGCUCGUGACUUGGAUUUGAGGCAAAGUAAUGUAUUGAAAUUGUUAGCUCAGAGAGAGUUGUGUCCUCAAACAAAGAGAACACCCAGAAGAUUUUGGGGAAAGGCAUCCAGUCAUCAUGGUAAAUCAUCUAGAUCAAAAUGUGAAUUAGCAAAAGAUGCGAGACAAGAACUUCGGUCAUGGGGAGAGGCAGAGUCAUUGCUGCAUUUGUCAGCUAAUUAUUGUCCUUUACUGCCUCCACCAAGGUCGACCAUUGCGGCGGCGUUUAGUCCUGAUGGGAAGACACUGGCUUCUACCCAUGGAGACCAUACGGUGAAGAUAAUUGAUUGUCAAAGUGGAACAUGCUUAAAGGUGUUGAGUGGUCAUCGGAGGACACCUUGGGUGGUUAGGUUCCAUCCUCUCUACCCAGAAGUUCUUGCAAGUGGAAGUUUGGACAAUGAAGUUCGCUUGUGGGACGCAAAGACAGCAGAGUGUAUUGGGUCUCGUGAUUUUUACCGUCCUAUAGCUUCUAUUGCCUUCCAUGCGCAAGGGGAAAUUUUGGCUGUAGCAUCAGGCCAUAAGUUGUAUAUAUGGCAUUAUGACAGAAGAGGCGAGGCUUCCUCACCAACAAUUAUAUUGAGGACACGGCGUUCUCUCCGUGCAGUGCAUUUUCACCCGCAUGGUGCUCCAUUUCUUCUAACUGCUGAGGUCAAUGAUCUGGACUCCUCAGACCCUACAAUGACUCUCGCAACAUCCCCUGGGUACUUGCGCUACCCCCCUCCUACUAUAUAUCUAGCAGAUGCUCACUCCGCUGUUCAGUCGAAUUCAGGAAAUGAGUUGCCCAUUAUGUCUAUACCAUUUCUGAUAUGGCCUUCUAUUAGCAGAGGUGAUAUUACUUUACUUCCCCAACAGACGGAUGCUGAAAUGAGCUCUAAUGUUUCACAUCAAAGGGGGGGUUCUUCUGCCUCUGUGCGACUUCUCACUUAUUCAACUCCAUCUGGUCAGUAUGAACUCGUAUUGUCUCCAAUCCAAUCUCCUGUGCGGGAAGAGCAACAAAAUAAUUUGUCAUCGAGGGAAAUGGAUAAUGCUAUUCCUCAACCUGCUGUUGAUUCCAUGGAGACCGAUGUGCAAACUGAGGAGCGGAGCAAUCAGUUUUUCCCAUUUGGCGACCCAGCAUACUGGGAGCUUCCUUUUCUUCAAGGGUGGUUGAUUGGUCAAAGUCAAGCUGGCCAGCGUACAAUACAUUCACAAAUUGGCGGUGCCAACGAAGGUUUGUCUUCCUACAAUGCAAUAGCAAAUGCAUCAUCUAUGGUCCCUCCAGUAAUUCCUAAUGUUGGUUCAAGAGCUUCCGGAAGAUCAGGUUCACGACACCGAUCUUCACGCUCGCGUACAAGAACAGCAACUGGAUCCGGUGAUAGUGCUGUUUUUAACAAUAUCCCACCAGAGCAGGGUAGUUCGCACUCUUUGACAACCCAAGUCCAGUCUGAGGUAGCUAGCUCACUGGCUGCAGCUGCAGCCGCUGAGUUACCUUGCACUGUGAAGCUUAGAGUAUGGUCUCAUGAUGUGAAAAAUCCUUGUGCACCUCUCGACACACAGCGAUGUCGGUUAACAAUCCCCCAUGCCGUGCUUUGCAGUGAAAUGGGUGCCCACUUUUCACCGUGUGGAAGAUUCUUGGCUGCUUGUGUGGCAUGUAUCCUACCAAACAUUGAUGCCGAUCCAGGGCUGCAAGGCCAGGUUCAGCAUGAUGUUACAGGGGCCUCAACAUCUCCAACUAGACAUCCAAUCUCUGCACACCAAGUUAUGUAUGAGUUAAGGAUAUAUUCCCUUGAGGAGGCCACAUUUGGUUCUGUUCUAGCAUCCCGGGCAAUCAGAGCUGCUCAUUGUUUGACCUCAAUACAGUUUUCUCCAACCUCAGACCAUCUGUUACUAGCCUAUGGUCGGCGCCACAGUUCACUUCUUAAAAGUGUUGUCAUUGAUGGAGAUACAACUAUACCAAUUUAUACAAUUCUCGAGAUUUACAGAGUUUCAGAUAUGGAACUUGUCAGAGUUCUUCCCAGUGCAGAAGAUGAGGUUAAUGUAGCUUGUUUCCAUCCUUCAGUAGGUGGUGGCUUUGUAUAUGGUACUAAGGAAGGUAAACUGAGGAUUCUUCGGUGUGAUAUAUCUCAUGGAUUUAAUAAUGAGGGAUCCUGUGGUCCCGAUGACAAUAUGUUAGAGGUAUAUGCUGAUUUAAUAUGUCAUUGCAUCAGUUAUUUUUUAGGGUGAAUCAUGUUACGGAGCUCAUGUGAAAUGUUAGUCCCCUACAAUUCAACCCCCCAUCCCCAACAAAAAAAAAAGGUAUAAAAAUAAAGAUAGAACCAAGCUAAGCACAUUAUUCGACAAACAUACCGUUUGCCAAAAUUCUUUCCUCUUGCAAAGAAUAUACUAUUUUCCUGUCUAUCUCUCUGCUGAGUUCCAGCAUGGUUGAAUUGUGGGCACUAGCAUUCGUUGCACAUUCAAUUGCAAGCCCUGUAAUGAUGCAAUAAAUCUACUGCUCUUCUAUUGAUCCCAAUGCACAUGCAUGGGAUUCUAGAUGGUUUAUUUGGAAUUGCUCUUGGUGUGUGUGCCUCUGAAUUUUUAUCGGCUCACGUUGUACUGUAUUUAUAGGUUCAGACUUAUGCUUUGGAGGGCUGAUUGGUGUCAAGUAAAGGCCGUAAUAACUUCACAGCUUGAUGAUGGUCGGUAUCUUAAACAAAUUUAAAGAUAUCGAUUGUUGACUUGUCCUUUCUUUAAUUAUUGCUGUUGGUUGAGUGCUACUAAAAGUUGCAAUUAUGUGGCACCCGAUUAUACAAACCUAGAUAAAUAGUGGACUCAAUCUUCUAUUGAGGACAGACUUUGUGGUUCAACUAAGUCUUAGAAUUAGUUGAGAUUGUAUUUGUAUGUAUCUUUGUUUGUUUGUGUUCCUUUAUUCCUCAAACAUUUAUGGAUUGAACCUAGAUUUACUCGUUUAAGAUGAGAAUUCAAAUUUAGCUAAAUUAAACCUCACCUCGACGUUUGCUUCUGCAGGCUUUGCUGCAUCUGCUGCACAUCAACUGACGAAACUCACUUUGCCACCAUAAAGUGAGUAAGUGGGGGGUGAAAAUGCUCCUGCAUUUAUGACGUUGGGCAUUCCGGAGGUCUUGCUUUCAACUCUUCUCAAUGAGCUUUGUACAGAUCUUUGCUGCUUCUAUUCCCAGUGCUAAAUUGCAUAUAGGUCCAUCCGCGCUGGUCGGAUGCAUGAAGUGAUGCGUAGACGCUGCAUUUCCAACUUCUGGUGACCCGUAGGUUUUUUCUUUACAGCGCAAAACUGGUUGAGAGUGAGAGAGAGAGGGAGGGAGCCAAUAGUGCAAAAUGCUUCAUCCUUCUCAGUUUCAUUGGCCGCAGUGGGGAAACUAAUUUUUGGCUUCCUUUUUUCUUGGAUGGCCUUGUUGUAUAUUAGCACAAUAGUUUCCAUGGGAAGAAGCUUUUUUUUUUUUUUGUAAUUUUUUGGUGUUUUUUGUUUUUACAUGUAUGUUGAGGCUCUAUAUGAUAGUCCAUGGUCGGAAAGAACGACGUGUGUUAUUUGUUGCACAAUUUAGUGAAAUUCAUGUGAAAAAACAAGCAUCGGAAAUCCGUGACUACACUUUGUAUUAUUUGCUCCUUGUUUAGAAAGGCCUUCGAAUAUUUUUGACUC